UACCAUCACUGCUAACCUCAAUCGGAUGAACACAUUUUGACAGUUCAGCAGUACUGUUUGUAAACAGAAAUUUCUUUUGUUUGUUUAUUGACAAAUUGGAUCAGACCAUUUACGGUCCGUAUCGCCUAAGUAAAGUUUUAAAACAUUUGUUCACGAUUGAAUACGGUUCCUUUUUGAUAUUUAUUAAAUAAAAAUGACUAGUUGCAAAGUGUAAAGAUGAUUGUUUUAGAUGUGCUCUUCGAUUUUUGUUUAAGCUUGUUUGUAAACAGUACCGCUGAACUGUCAAGGAUGAUUACUUGUUCAUUUGUGUCGUCACGAUAAAAAACCUAAUUACCAUGAUAUUUUUUUAGUGUAAAAAUGUGAAUUUCAACAACUGCCCCUAAUGAAAGGUUAUGCGAGAUGUUUGCAAAGUGACAUUUAUAUGUAUAGUAGUUUUCGUGAAUGUGUUUGCCGGUUGAACAAUAAAAAAAUCUGUUAUCGUACCCUAUCGUUCCUAUCGAAUCGCACGUUCAUUAGUUGUUUUGAACAUGUUCCGGCCUGCAGGGUUCUAUUCUGAUUCUGAUGAGGAUUCGGAAUUCGGAUACGAUUUCGGAUACAGCAAAUCGGAAUCAGUGAAGCAAAUUGAUAAUAAAAUUCCACCAACCGCAAAUACAAACAACGAUGAUGCCUUAUAUCAAGCCACUGUCGAUGGAAAUUUGGACGAGGUUCAACUGAUUUUAGAAGCGGACAAAUAUCUGUUGAACGGCUGCCUGCGACAUGGCUGGCCACUUCUGCUAUUAGCAUGUAACGAGGCUCAGUAUGCGAUUGUAGAAUUCCUUCUGGAAGAAAAACGAAUCGAUGUUAAUCAAAAUUGGGGUUUGAAAACUGCUCUCAUGGCAGCCUGCGAAUCAACACGUAAUUCCGAGGAUGUACUCAAGUUGGUCUCACUGCUCUUGGAGUUUGGAGCGGUCAUUAAUUGUACCGACAGCUAUGGAAUGACUCCGUUAAUGUUUGCUAUCACGAAUGGGCACACGGAGGUUGUCAAACUGAUGAUAGAUCAAGCCUCGCUUGAAGCAACUGAUAAUGAAGGUUUGACAGCACUUUUCCAUGCAGUGAACAGUAAUCAGCCAGAGGUUGUUAAACUAUUACUCAAAUCCGGUGCCUCGACUGAUAUCAUCAAUCGGAGAGGUUUUACUCCCAAACAGGAGGCGGAAUUCAAGGGGUACCAGGAGGUUGCUCAAUUAUUUCCAGCCGAUCAGGAUUUUUAUACCAUACCGAACAAAUAUCUCAGUUACAAUCACUAUCGAGAUCUAUGCUACGGUGAAACGGAAAACGAUAUGCCCGGAUAUCAUCAGGAAAUUGGACUUCUACUGUUCGGAUCGUACAGUGAACAACAUUUGGGUGUGUUCGCAAAAGAGGGUUUCGAUUUGAUGCAAUAUCUAACCUUGACUGACAGCGAGUUGAAAGAUCUGGGUUUUCAGUUACCCUUCGAAAGAAAAAAGAUCUUGUUUGGAUUGCUGAAAUUUCAUCGGCAGACCUGGAGCAAACGGAGUAUGAAAAAAUUCGAUAAAGAUUGUGUUCUAGACUCCUAUGACUUGUUUGAAAUGCUGGGCAAUCACUUGAAGCAUCUUACCGUAAUGCAAGCUUCAUUGGUAUACGUUGCGCAAAUGAAAUCACUCAGUGGUGGAAAUGCUGAACUUGGAUCACUGUUAACAAAAUGUCAAAUGAAGCUGGAACCGAUGAGACAGGCCGUUGCUUUACUAGAAAAAGAGAUCGAAAAAAUUCAUCGGCUAUCAACGCGCCCAGUACUGCACAUCGAUGCCGAUACUCCUCGCAAUCAGAAAAAAUGGAAAGGUUGGUCGACUACCCGCGUUAUAUUCAUCAUCGUGAUCUCUGGUGCUCUGACGAGUUUGGUUCGUUUUCUAAGAAAAUGAUUUGAAAUCAAGUACAAUUAGAUGCGCCAAACUACGCAUGGAAGCAAAGGAAAUUCAUGCACACGUGAGAAGUGUUUAGCAUAUGUUUGCCAUAUCCCACCUAAUCCAAAAGUGCAGGUUUCAAUAAC